UUGUAUUAGUCAAAUUCAUAUUUUUUGUAACAACUAUAUUUUUAAUACUUCGUAAAAAUGAACCAAAACAUAAUUACAACUGGAGACGUUAUUCUCCCCAAUGAUUUUAUAGGAAUUGGAUAUUAUUAUUUUAACAAAAUAAAACAAUAUGCUUCACAAAAUAAAAUAGCACAGAUUGUAGAAAAAACUGGCGAAAAUGAUUCUUACGAGUCCUUGUUAAAAAGAUGCAUAAGAACAUCAAUGUUUUUGCAAAAAAUUGGGAUUAAAAAGGAUGAUGUCAUAGCACUUAUUGGGCCAAAACAUGUUCAUAGUGUUGUUUCUUUUAUUUCUAGUCAUUUUAUUGGAGCCAUUCCAACUUGCGUGGCAUAUGAUUACCCAGAAAAUGAUAUUAAAAGCAUACUGAAAAGUAUGGAACCGAAGAUAAUUUUUACGGAUUCCAAGUGUUUAACAUUUUUAAAAAAAUAUUUACUUGAUAUAAAAUUGGGUGUAAAAUUUAUUGUGUUUGAUGAUUGCGAAGAAGGCUUUAGCUUUUCCGAAAUAAUCAAACUUCAACCUGGCGAAGAAAAGUUUGAACCAGUGAAAAUAGACAACAUAAAAAAUACAGCUAUAAUAUAUUAUAGUAGUGGUGCCACUGGACUACCAAAAGCUAUUUGUCUCAGUCAUUAUGCUAUGUUGGCGUCAGUUGUUUGCUUCGAUCCAAGUGACCCUGAUAUAGAAGCUUUAGCUCAUUUAAAAAAACAAUAUUCAAAUGGAUGUCGGUUCUUAGACUAUCAACCUCUUUACUGGAUAUCUUCAGAAAUAUCCAAGUGGAUUCAUGAAGGGAAUACUCGGAUUUUGGUUGAAAAAUUUGAGGCCCUUAAGUUCUGGGAAAUUGUAAAUAAGUAUAAAGCUAACUAUACAUUCAUAUUACCAUAUUCUCUAAUAGAAUUAAGCAAAUAUCCGAAACCAGAACACCUUAACAUAGAUAGUUUAUGUUUAAUAGUGGUAUGUGGCUUUCACGCAAAGGCAGAAUGUAUGGUUGCUGUUAGAAAAAUGGUUCAUCCAUUAUCUACUGUAAUGUCAAGAUUUGGUCAAACUGAAUUCAACGGUGGUACCAUUUUAUAUGAUAUCCGUGAUAAAACACAACGAAAAUACAUAAAUGAAAAACUUAAUUCUGUUGGCAUGGUUACAAGAGGACUUAGUGUUAAGGUCUGUGUAAAUGGGUGUAUGGGGGAUAACAUGAAAAAGUCAGCCCAGCUUCCUUUGGAUCAUUCUGAAACCGUCCCAGUUCCGCCAAAGUACAUCACCUUUGUCAAGAACCCAGGAAAAGCCAACUCUGUGUUUACAGUAUCUGUCGCAGCCAAUGAUGAUCAUGAUGAUCCAGACUUUGAACCAGAACCAUCUUCGUCAAAGGAUCCAAUUCCCGUUUCGCAGGAACUAUUGGAUAAAAUGGUAGCAGUUUCGAAUUUGUCGCAUCGAGGAUCAGAGCAACUUGCAACUUUUUUAAAACAAGACAACAACUUGGCUUUUGGUGUGAAAGUCACAAGUUAUCGCAAACGGCAAGAGUAUUUUCAAAAACACUACACGAUAGUUGAUCUGGACACAAACGAAAUUUUAGGUCCAAACAAAAGCGGUGAAAUUUUGAUGAAAGGUGAAAGAUGCUUUAAUGGUUAUUAUAAAAUGGAUUCAAUGAAUUGUUUUGAAGAAGACGGCUAUUUCAGAACAGGAGAUAUUGGUUACUACGAUGAAGAUAAAUGUUUUUACAUCGUCGAUAGACUAAAAGGAAUAUUUACAUACAAAAAUUUUCCUAGAAUUUCUUCAUCCAUCAUUGAAGAAAUCGUUAUAAAACACCCUGCUGUUAAAAGUGCUGCUGUUUUUGGUUACCCGCAUCCAAUAGAUCAAAAUCACGUUACUGCCGUAGUUGUUUUAGAAGAAAAUGCACAAGCCACUUCAGAGGAAAUAAGAAAUUUUGUUGAUUCCAAAGUAGAGGAUUACAAAAGGCUCAGAGGUGGCAUAAAAAUUGUAAAAGAACUACCUUUAACCCCAACUGGUAAAAUUAAAAGUCGAGAUCUAAAGGCUUUAGUGGAUCAAAACUAAAUAUAUGAGUGUUCUUGUUUUAUUUACAAUUCCUAAGGUUUUAUAAAUUGUUGUUUUAUAAUGUUUAAACCGAUAUAAACUAAUAAGCCCUCUAAUUUUGAUAGCAGAAAAAUUAUUUCUUUUAUCGAUGUAAAGUGGGUAAAUAUAUUUUACGGUGUUUUUAAAUUUUAUUUAUCCAGUUUAGAAUAGGUUCGG